CUGCCUCCUGUUCUUCAUAAAUUGGCACCCUCCUAAAGUAAAUCAAGAAGGUUAUCCUCACUCAGCUUGCAUCAAUAUUUAAUUAUUUUCCAUACUUCUGUCUUUUUUUUUUAAUGUGAUUUGGGGCUGUUCUGUGAUUGUUACCAGGUUUACCAAUGCACAAAAGUCAGAAUGUAUUUGGAAAGUAGGAGGGCUGUUUUUGUUUUUUGGAUGUUUCUCCAAGUUCAAGGAACCAAAGAUCUCUCCAUUAAAAUGGACCGUUCUGAAACUAAGGACAUAAGCUAUGCCCCAAGAAUUGAAACAACUGAAAAUACUGCAAAAGUGUACAAAGUGUCAACCAUGAGACAAAUAUUUGAUUUGACAAAGCAUCGAACAAAAAGAUCAUCAUUUUUCCCAGCUGGGGUUAAAGUCUGUCCCCAGGAAUCCAUGAAACAGAUUUUAGCCAGCCUUCAAGCAUAUUACAGAUUGAGAGUGUGUCAGGAAGCAGUGUGGGAAGCAUAUCGGAUCUUCCUGGACCGCAUCCCUGACACAGGGGAAUACCAGGACUGGGUCAGCCUCUGCCAGCAGGAGACUUUCUGCCUCUUUGACAUUGGGAAAAAUUUCAGUACCUCCCAGGAACACCUGGAUCUUCUUCAACAGAGAAUAAAACAGAGUAACUUCCCUGAGAGGAAAGAUGAGAUAUCCACAGAGGAUAUGUUAGGACAGCCUGUUGAGACCCUGGUGUUUUCAACAGGUGUUGCCAAUGUCUCACUUGGGCCCUUCCCUUUUACUCCUGACGACACACUCCUCAAGGACACCAAGAGGCCUACCAUCGAAAGAGAGAGAGAAUUCUCCGUGGAAGCCGAGGGUCCCCUGGAGCAGAAGGUGGAACUGAGCAUCUCCCUGGCAGACCAGAAGUUUGAGGCAGAGCUCGCUGACUCCCAGUCCCCCCACUACCAAGAGCUAGUGUCAAAGUCUCGACUUCAGAUGCAAAAGGUAUUUAAGAAACUUCCAGGAUUCAAAGAAAUUCAUGUGCUAGGAUUUGGACCCAAGAAAGAAAGAGAUGGUUCCAGCUCCACAGAGGUGCGACUUAUGGCCAUCUUUACAAGAGACAUUGCAGAAGCAAAAGGUCCUGCAAGUGAUCUGCUGUUCUCUGAUUCAAACAAAAUUGAAAGUGAAAGAGUCCUUCAUGGAAUGAUGGAGGAGGACAAGCAACCAGAAACCUAUCUCACAACUUUAGACCUCAAAAAGCUGAUCAGCAGAGCCCUACAGGAAGACAAAUCUUUGCAUCUGGGGACAAUUCAGUUCACUGAUGAAAUUGUUGGUUCAUCGCCUGGCUCUGCUCCCAGCACCCAGUCAGUGAUGCCUGCUCUCUUUGCUGAUAUCACAACGGAUGCUACUUUGAGUCCAGAACUUGCUCUUGGUCAACCCGGGCUUGGUACACUGGGCAGAGAAGGACACAGUCUACCUGAACAUUUGUUGGAGAAGACCACGCCUGUCCCAGCUUUGCAGUAUAUCACCACCAGCUCUGUGACCAUCGCUGCCAGGGACCGAGAGUUGGUGGUGUUCUUCAGCCUGCGGGUGGCUAACAUGCCCUUCUCCGAUGACCUGUUCAACAAGAGCUCUUCGGAGUACCAAGCUCUGGAGCAACAAUUCACACAGCUGCUGGUUCCAUAUCUACGAUCCAAUCUCACAGGAUUUAAGCAACUUGAAAUACUUAGCUUCAGAAAUGGGAGUGUGAUUGUGAAUAGCAAAGUGAGGUUUGCUGAGUCGGUGCCGUACAACCUCACCAAGGCUGUGCACAGGGUCUUGGAGGAUGUUCGUUCGGCUGCAGCCCAUCUACUUGGUCUGGAAAUAGACAGCUACUCCCUCAACCCAGCUGAUCAAGCAGAUGCCUGCAAAUUCCUGGCCUGUGGCAAGUUUGCCCAGUGUGUAAAGAAUGAGAGGACUGAGGAAGCAGAGUGUCGCUGCAGACCAGGGCACCCGGACCACCAGGAGGAACUGGGCCUCUGUACCCCCGGAGAAGAAUGUGAGGCCAUCCAGGGAGAGGGAGCUCCGUGCAGGUUAUCAGAUCACUCCCCAAAUCAAGCGCACAGAACUAGUGUCGGAAGGUUUAAACAUCAGCACAAUAACAGGGUAACCAGAAAAAGAAAUUCUGAAUUACUGACCAUAGGGUAUGAAGAAUUGAACCAUCAAGACUGGGGAAGGAAGUUAAAAACUGAAAAUGUACAUAUUAUCAUUUAAUCUAUCUUAAGAGAGAUGGAUUGCUUUCUCAAGGAAAACUGUAUCCACUCUGUCAAAAUCCUGCAAACUUAGGCGGGCAUCUUCAUGGGUGUUCGGCAGCCAGGCACGUAGUCAACACUGAGAACCAGCACACAACCGUGUUUCGAACAGAGAGUUCUGCACGAUGACAGAUACAUUCUGAAGAAAAAGAUGCUUAUUUAUCAAAACCUAAAACACAAUCAGUGAAACCUUUCAGCUACUCCUGGCUCACAGUGAAGGUAAUAAUAAACCAGGUUUGCUUCCAGGUGCCCUUAAAAUAAUAAUCAUAAAUAAUCAUAGAUCACUUACAAGUACAAAUUGGGGUUUUGGGGUGGGGUGAGCAAUAUAUCAGGAAGCAAAGUUCUUCAUAUAUUAGAAUGUCCAUAAAAGUUGACCACUUGUGCAAGAACACGCAGGUUUCUAAAUGAAUGGAUGCACAGGGCAUGUAAACACUGGUGAGGGUGUAUAUGCACCACACUUCCAUCUGUGUAACUCACACACACGCACACACAAUUUCAGUUCUUAGGCACAUCAGUUGAAAAAGAAAUUACUGCUUAUAUGGUAUAUUGUUUUGAUGCCAAUUAUUUUUGAUGUUUUAAAGAAAAAGUUACUGGGCUUCAGAUAUACACACCAUAGAAAAUCUUUUCUCCUUACUGCACAAAGCUACUUGAAGGAACACACGGCACCGAGGGCUGGGGGACGAGGCUGUUCUUUGUGACACAGGCGAUCCCUGUUCCCCCCACAGAUGACUAUGCCUUCCUAUAACCCAUUCACGCCACCACACUGACCCCAGUGAGUGUUCAGGGGGGUUGGCAUCGAGAUAACCGGGUUCAGCCCGUUUUUAACAUGCUACUUAGUGAAAAAUGAACUCCUCUGUAUCUUUUUCAAAUAUUCCAUUAUCAAACAUACUUGUUGUAAAAUCUUAAUUUCAAUAAAAUGUGAGCACCAUAUAUUCAUUGAUUUAUA